CUUUUUGUGGUGAAACAAGAUAUGGGUUUCACAAGGUUUCCACAUUCAAGGAACUCUAUAUACACGCAACGCACCGCAACGCACCGCUUCAUUGUUCUCACCUGCAUCAUUCACCAUCCGCACUGACCCGACCCGACUCACGAUACGCAACACCCAACACCCAACACGCGACUCGCGACUCGCGACUCGCAACUCGCAAUUCACCCUUUUGCCUCCACUCGCUCCUACCUGCCCUAGCAGAGCCCAUCGCUGCUCUGCCCCUCGCAUCUCGCGCACGCAGAGACGGAGCACAACACAGUCACCGUGGCAAAGAGGGGGGGGGAGGGGCCAUUGGACCGCAGUCACUUCUCCGAUAACAAUACAAACCCCCCUCCCCGCCCCCGCGCACACUCAUGAUGACGCAGACACCGUCGAGGGGGAAUAGUGGUGGUGCAGCAGCAGCAGCAGAUCAGAAUGCGAAUGAAGGUGAUGCUGUUGCUGCUGCUACUGCGGCGGCGCCGGCGGCGCCGGCGGAAGGGGCUGCAAGCGAAAGGAUGCGUGGGCACGAUUCGCCUUCGCUCGAGGUGACUGAGACAGCGACGGCGACGGCGACGAUGACGGGCACGCGCGAAGCCCGCACGUCGCCUGCAGAUGCGCAAGCGGAGCAAACAACAGAGACUCGCAAUGGCAAUGGCAAUGGCAAUGGCAAUGCGCAAACGUCGAAGAAGAUCGUAGCUGAAGGCGAGGGAGGGCAGCAACGGCAGCAGCAGCAGCAGCAGCAUGCUGAUGCAACUGAUCAACCCGCCACCACGGCCAGCGCCAGCGCUCCCGCGUCGCGCUUGCCCACCUCGGAAGCGGAUGCGGAGAGAUUGCUGCGCAUUCCUCGAAGAAGCAUUCGCAUGCCAAAUGGUAACGCUGCUGCUGCUGCUGCUGCUACUCAGAAGCAGCAGCAGCAGACGAACAAAGACGACGUCGGCGGGGCGGCGGCGGCGGUGGUGGCGGCAUGGGGCUCGCCGGAUAUUCUAUCCGGCAUCGUUCUGCCCGAUGCCUCCUCUCCCUUGCGCGGCUCGUGGAUUCCUCAAGGCAUGACGUGCGCAGGCAGAGAAUUCUGGUAUCUGCUAGUGAUGCAGGGCGUGGGUGCGGCGUUGAUAUCGGGAGCGAUCAAUUUCGGCAUUGCGGUAGCGUGCUACAAGCAUCAAGUAGGCACGCGCAUCUGGCCAUUCGAACCUUUGACCGUCGCUGGUGAUAUGGGCGUGACGGUGAUCAUUCAACAAGUCGUCUCUAUGCUCAUCACCAGCGCACUGGUCCAUGCAGACGUCAACGGUGGACCCGUCGCUCCGCUCUCCCAACCCUGGCCUCCGCUUCUGCACCUGCCCAGCUCUCCCACUCCUUCUCCAAGCAUCUGGGGCACGGGCACGGGCACGGGCGCCAGCAGCGCGGGUACUGGCAAUGGGAAAUCUUUGGAGAUGGGCAAAGCGACAGGAAAGAGCAAAGCGACUUGCUGCUUCUGGUGGGCCAUACGCAGCAUCUGCACAGGUUCCGAGCGCGACAAUUGGACGCAGCGCGGCUUGAGCCUGAGCGCGCGCACGCAGCGCGUGCUCUGGUGCGCAGCGCACGGUCUCUUCCUCUGCGCCCUGCUCACUUUCUGGUGGUACUGGCCCAUAGCCAUCGCCAUCGUUGCGCCCAUCUACCAGCACAAGGAUUUGGGCAUCGGAGGAUCGGGAAACGGCUGGACGCCUUGCUUUAUAAAGCUCCUCUUUGGCGCUCUGCUCGCCAUGCUCACCAACCCCUUCAUGGCGCUGCUGGCCAUGGGCGCAGAGUACAAUGUGAGGAGAGCAUAUCCCGAUAACCCUCUUUUCCUCGCUCAACCGUGGGGAGAAGAGAAUCUCAAAAGGUGGAAGAAGGAAUUGGGCUUGGGCUUGUAGGCGCCCGUGGGCGAAGAACGCGGAUUGGAUUGGAUUGGAUUGGAUCAGCCCCCCUCCCCCCGCCCCC